ACAGUGCUGUGUCCAUAAAGAAAUAUGAUGCAUGAAAAAAGGAUGGAAGAGAAGAAUGGCACAUCAUGGAAAGAAUUUCUUCUACUUGGACUUCAAUAUCAAAAAUCACCCACAAUUUUUCUGGUUGCUAUCAGCUUCAUGUUCUUUAUUGCAAUUACUGGAAACUGUCUCCUUCUCUUUGUAAUUAAUUCUGACUCUAGCCUUGACACUCCCAUGUACUUUUUUCUCAAACAAUUAGCUUUAUUGGACCUCUGCCAAAUUCUCACUAUUGUUCCUCGAGUAUUUGUCAGUUUUGUAACCAAGAGGUAUACCAUUUCGCUCUAUGGAUGUGUUGCUCAAAUUACUGUAACUUUGCUUUUAGGAGGAGCAGAAUGCCUCAUCCUGGCUACUAUGUCUUAUGACAGGUAUGUGGCCAUCUGCAAACCUUUGCAAUAUCCCAUCCUCAUGAGGAAAAGCAUCCUUCAUAUGAUGUCAGUGGCGGCCUGGGUUUGGUCUACUCUCCAGGCCCUCGCUUGCUCUCUUUAUGUCCUGCCCCUUCCCUACUGCAAGGCCAAUGUGAUUAAACAUUACAUAUGUGUUUAUCCAGCCCUCCUACAACUCUCUUGCUCAGAUAAUUCUGCUUUUAAAAAAGCAACAUAUGUUGGAAAUUUCCUGGUACUUCUCAUUCCCAUCUCAGUCAUCCUCUCCUCGUACAUUGCUAUCCUUCUCCAGGUUUUGAGGGUACAAUCUUCUGAAAGGAGCCACAAGGCCUUGACGACCUGUCUGUCCCAUCUCUGCGUGGUGGGCUUCUUCUAUGGAGCAGCCAUUUUGACCUAUAUGACUUCCUCUUCCUCUUAUUCUACUGAAAGAUCUAUGAUUAAUACAGUGUUUACUACCAUUGUCCCUGCCACCAUGAAUCCUUUCAUAUACAGCCUGAGAAAUCAAGACGUCUUAUCCACACUCAAGAAAUUAUUUGGAAAAUGCAAAUAGUGUAAAUGAUUUUAGAGGCACUAACUUAAAUUUGGUCUUCCAAGAUGCAUUCAGAUGGAAGUAUUUAUGAAUGUAGAUAUUUAUUUUUCCUGAGCAUAUUUUAAUUCUAUUGUUAAUUAAAGUUGUAAUAAAAAUGUAAAACAUUUCUGA